AUGUUGAAUGAUCCUGAGGUUUGGCGAACUGUGUCUGUAGAGAAGUAUCAGUGGCAUCCUGAAUGGUACGAGUUUUAUCAAGAGAAACUUGUUGAGUUCUUGCAAAAGUGCAAGGAACACAACAAUCCAGAAAUCAUUUACAGAGAAGCUAUAACUCAAUUCUUCAUAUUCAAAGAUGAUGAGGUUAUCAACAACUUCCGGGUGGCGGCUAAGGCAGGGGAUAUGGAAUCCUCCUACAUUGUUGGCUUGCUAGGCUUGGUGAACCAUACAGAGGGCGAAGAGGAUGCGAUGGAAUUGUUGUGCCAUCUAAGCAAAACAAAGAAAAUUGACAUGCAAGCAUGCAGGGAAUCAAUUAUGAAUCGACUAAUGAGGUAUACAAUUUCGGGCUUGGUGACUCCUCCAACUCUUGCAAAGUUUACUACUGACAUAAAUUUUUUUCUUAACUGCGUUAAUUGUGAGGGUAAUCGGGAGUGGUAUUUCUUACGGGACAUGGGGGGCGAAUACUCUUACACGAUAGCUACCUGGAACUGCUAUGAACCCUGCAAAUGGAAGAGGGAGUUGUACUGCUUCCAGUGCGAACUCCGGGAAGUUUACCUUCUGUUUAAUGUUUUUAAUUCAAGAUCCUAUGGUUUGACUAUGUGUUGUGAAAUGGGGAAUUGCAUGUUCCGAUUCCCGAAGCAAUCAUUCGUUGAAGAUGACAGACACCCAAAUGUCAGGGAGGUUGCGUGUUGUCAAAGCAUAAGGGAUUAUCCUUUCGGUCAGACCGGGUCUGAGCCAUCCUUGAUCUUCUAA